AGCUGAGGAGCGUUUUCUUAAUUUUUGUCAAAAACAUUGUUGUUUAUCUUAUUUGGGCAUAAAGUUGAUAAUAUACUGUCGUAAUAUUGUUAAUAAUUAUAACAAAAUGUUAUUAUUAAGGUUGUUUUUUGUGCUCUGGCACCAAACUCAACUCAAUUGUAAUUAUUUUACAUUGAAUAUAAACCGUUAAACUAAUUUUAAUCUAAUAACUUUCAUUAUAAAGUCGUAGAUCGUUAACAUUCCUCCAUAUUAUCAACAAUAACUUAUUGUUUUAUGUGUGUGUUUUUUUUUCUGACAAAGAGGGAAAGCAGUUAUUACAGGGAAACGAAUGUUAAUGAGGCGUUUGACAUUUAACUCUAUAACACCGAGCCCUUCACCUCCUGCUGCUCCUCCUCCUCCUCACAGAACCAGUCUGCUCUCCAGGAGGAGCUGUGGCAGCCCACCUCCAUAUCAAACACAUCAUUCUUCAUGUGUGUGUGUGUGUCGUCAUUCUGACCCUGCAUCAUCCUGUGUUUGGACUCAUUCCACCGGUCAGAGCCGUGGCCCUGAGUCAGACACACCUACAGACUGAAUACUGAACCAUGAAACCAGGAAUUCAUUUUCAACAGUAACAGAGAUAAUUAAUUACAGCGGUGUGAAAAACAACCCGGUCCGUUCCCCUGAGUGUCGCCUCGUUACAGUCCCACGUCUCCUGAAGGAAACAGAAUCACCUCUGUAGACGUGUUAGGGUCAGUAAACACACUCUAAAGAGCCUGCGUGUCAUAUCUGCCCCCGUUAUUAGCGCCGGUUGUCUCAGGUGAGAGGCUGAUGGGGGCAGAAGAGAUAAAGGUUACACCACAGGUGCCUUUAACUGCUGCACUGAGCCCAUCCUGGGGGCAGAACCACGGCUAAUGAUCUGAAGUGGAGAGAACUGCCCUCACCUCUGUCAUCAGUCCUGCUCCAGUCCUGACGGUCGGUCGGUGAGGAGUCGAACCAUCAGCAGCAGACGGCUGUAGUUUUCCUGUCUGAUCCCAGUGGGACAGGAUGCCAAACAACAUGGCUAAGAUCGCAGACGCUCGAAAGACAGUGGAACAGUUGAAGCUGGAGGUGAACAUCGAGAGAAUGAUGGUUUCCAAAGCAGCGGCCGACCUCAUGGCCUACUGUGAAACUAACGCCAAAGACGACCCACUGGUGACGCCCGUCCUCAACUCAGAGAACCCGUUUCGAGAGAAGAAAUUAUUUUGUGUGAUUUUGUGACUUUAACAAACACCAAAAAAACAAACAAAAACAACCUGUGAACACAUUUGUUGUUGUUGUUUUUUAAAUAUAAUGUAGUUUUUACAACUUUAAAAAAAGUCUGUUUGUGUUUGAAGCUUUUUUAGAUUUUCUCUGAUGAUGGUUUAGACAUUAAAGCCUUGUUGAAAAUAAAUGAAAAGUCCUGCUCUUGUGAAGUCAGAUUCUUCUAGAACAAUAUAAUUUAAAAAACACUACAAUAAUCACACAUUAUGUCCGUUUUUUGUGCCUCAUCUACCGUCUAUUUUUAUUAUUUUUUAUGUUUUAGUUUUUUUGUGCAACCUUUCACUUGAUAGUUCUUGUCUAUUCUUGGUUUAUUUAAAAGCAAUUUGCCAUUUUAUGAACUUUUAGCAAUUUUCUUUUGUGUCAAAUGUUCGUGUUUUCUUAACGUUUCUACGUCUUUUUUGAUUGAAUGCACGAAAAAUAC